UUAACCUCAAUAUCAGGUUUGCAAUCAGUACUCCAUAGGGGAGGGGCAAACUAAUAUUCUGGAUAGCUACACGAGCAAACGCUACUCCAGACUCUGGGUUCCUGCUCAGCCACAAUAACACUAUUUUUCUAAAUCCCAGCCUUGUCUUUUCGGUAUUUUCAUUUUCACGUUCUUCAUACUCCGAAGUGGUCGGAAUACAGAGAGUAAGAACAGAUUAAAUACAAACACUUCCUUCUACAUAUAUAUUUUAGAUCUUGAAGAGUCUCAUCAUACUUUGUAUAGCACCAUAGCUGGGCGGUGUUCGGACCUGUCAGCCGUCAGGUCAAUCUAUCCCACUUCCGGUCGCCCCCUCGACGGUGCCGGCGCGAACUCCAUCGCAACCGCUUUUAUUAUCACUUUUCGUCUUUCUUUUCCUCUUAUCUUUCCCUACCUCUUACUACUGCUCACCUUUUGUCCUCUCCACACCCUGAGCAGUGCCAAAAUGCCUCUCGGGAUACACAAUCCGCUUCCUUCGUCUUUGAGCAGUGAAUGCAAGAAGGCAGGCAAGAUUCUCGCUUCCUUUGUUGAUCCAAAGCAAGCAUUUGGUCCUGAUAAAGUCAUUCCUCCAGAAAUUCUUGCCAAUGCAAAGGGUCUCGCAAUUCUUACGGUUCUGAAAGCCGGUUUCUUGGGUUCUGGUCGUUUUGGAUCGGGAGUCGUUAUCGCCCGCCUGGCAGAUGGCACCUGGUCCGCCCCGUCUGCCAUCGCGACCGCGGGUGCCGGAUUUGGGGGUCAAAUUGGAUUCGAGCUGACAGACUUUGUUUUCAUCCUAAACGAUGCAGCUGCGGUCAGGACAUUUUCACAAGUCGGGACUUUAACUCUGGGUGGUAAUGUGUCAAUCGCCGCAGGACCCGUCGGGCGAAACGCGGAAGCUGCGGGUGCUGCCAGCACCAAAGGAGUCGCGGGCGUUUUCUCCUACUCGAAGACGAAGGGUCUUUUCGCCGGUGUCAGCUUGGAAGGUAGCAUGUUGGUUGAACGCAAGGAUGCCAACGAGAAGCUCUACAGCAGCCGGGUUUCUGCGCGUCAGCUUUUGAGUGGAUCCAUUCGACCGCCGCCAUCUGCAGCCCCCCUCAUGAGCAUCUUGAACUCGCGUGCCUUUGCUGGCAAUAAUCGCAUGUACGGUGAUGAGAUGUACAACGACAUUCCAGUUUACGAUCAGUCCCAUGACGAUGUUCUGUGGGAGGGCCGCAGAGGCACCGCGUAUGGUGAAGGCGUUCAACAACGAUCUCGGCCUAGGAUGGGCAUGCGGGACAGGGACAGUGUGGAUGACUACGAGUAUCGUGACCGACCUCGCCGUGCGAACACAUGGGCCGACGAGGGCUAUGACCGUCCUAUGGGAGCAGGUGGCCUAGACCGGAGUUACACCACUCGAUCCCCCCAACAUGACUCCUACAGCCGCAGUCGCAGCAACACUGCACCAUUCGAAGAGGACUAUGUUUAUUCUGACCGCAAACCCACACGGCCCACGGCACCAAAACCGGUCUUUGGGCAGAAGACUGGAGCGGCCCCGGCACUGCGACAAGACCAAGCAAUUGCCCUAUACACCUUUGAUGCAGAUCAAGAAGGCGACUUGGGAUUCAGAAAGGGCGAUAUCAUCACGAUCCUGAAGCGGACAGAUAAGUCAGAGGAUUGGUGGACGGGGCGCAUUGGGGACCGGGUUGGCAUUUUCCCCAGCAACUACGUCGACGCAUCUUAAAUGCGCUAUCUAUACUUUCGAAAUGAUACCAAUGAACUUUUUUCCCUUUUAUUGUUUUGGUCUCCAUUCGUUUUUUGUUCGAUUUUCAUGGGAUCAUGGCGCUGGGCUGAGUUAUCUGUACUGAGCAGGAAAAUUCUCCGGCAGUUAUUGUUUUGUGCUUACCACUGAGCGUUUUUUUUUUUUUUUUUUUUU